CGGGAAGCUGUAGUGGAGCGGCAGAGGUCCUGAUAAGACACCUGUCUCUUACAUUGCACAGUAAGCAGUGGACUCCAGGAUGUCGGCGACAGCCGAGGUGCUGACCUCCCCAGCUGCGCGGAGGUACGUCGAGAGCCUGCGAGGCCCCUACCGCGACGAUCACGUGCGCCUCAAGCCCUCUGGCUGCGUCCUGCUGUCCAAGGUCACCAGGGACGUUCACAGGAUCCUGGACUUCGCAGUGAGGCCGGACGACGUGUGGCUGGUGACGUUCCCCAAGUCUGGCACCACAUGGAGCCAGGAGCUGAUAUGGCUGCUGAUGAACAACUGCGAUGUUGAGCAAGCAAAGCGCGUCCCACUGAUACAGAGGUUCCCAUAUCUAGAGAUAACGCCUUUGAUGCCUGAGUUCACAAGGAAAAUGCCUCACUCAAUAGACCAUGUGGAGACGAUGGUUUCACCACGCUUAAUUAAAAGCCAUCUACCAUUAGAUCAGCUGCCUAAGCAGAUUAAAACUGUGAAGCCUAAGGUGAUAUACGUCGUGCGCAGCGUGCAGGACGCGAUCGUGUCGUUCUACCACCACUACCAGCUGUGGGGGGACUGCGACCUCACGCUCGACCAGUUUGCGGAGUGCUUCAUGGACGACUUGAUCAUGUACUGCCCAUACUGGGACCACGUGCUCCCCUUCUGGAACCUGCGGAAUGAGCCGAAUGUCCUCUUCUACUCUUACGAAGACAUGAAGAAGGACCUGGCUUCGGUGAUCCGCAGAGUGGCCACCUUCCUGCAGAAGACGAUCACGGAGAGGCAGGUGGCUGAGCUGGUGGACUACCUGAGCUUCGACAAGAUGCGCAACAACCCAGCUGUCAACUACGACCCCGUGGUGGAGCAGCUGCGCGCGGACUACAAACUGCAGCCUUUGCCCUCCUCAACAAAGUUUAUGCGGAGAGGACAGGUCGGAGAGGGGAAGCAAGUCCUGUCGGAGGACGCCCAGCGCCGCUUGCGUCAGUGGACCGAGGCAGCCCUCCAGGGCAGCGACUACGCAGGGCCACGCUGAGGGCCCGCUAACCGGAGUCGUGGGCGUAGUGUCCUCUUGCCAUUCGCACAGUGCCCAGAACAAAUUUGUACAUGUAUAAAACAUAUGGAGAAAUGUUAGCAUUAUAAACGAUCUACUGUACCUCCGAAUAGAAGGAGGAUGGGAGUGUCACAACCUUGAACCUUAUUUUCCAAGUCCAAAAGAAUCAAACUCGUGGCAUUAGCUUGUUAU